GUUGAAAAUAAACAUAUGUUUGUCACUGUCAGUUUAUGAAACCUUUUGUUAUGGUUACUUAUUGUGUUUCGUAUUAGAGAUUAUUUUUAAGUUCAUCAAGAAUUUUAAGUUAACCAUGGACGAGACAAAUAAAUUACCUCUCAAGAGAGUGGAGCUUUCGUUGACAAAGUUUAACGAAGUCGCGAUCCCACAUCAUUUGGAUUUACUACGACAACACAAAGCUAAUAUUAUUAAGUACGAGCAGUCGGGCGAGUGGGCGCGCGUGCGCAGCGAGCAGACGCACGCGCGGCGCGUGGCGGCGCAGCUGCGCGCGCUGCUGGGCGAGCUGGAGGCGCUGCGCCGCCAGGUGGCGCCCGCAGACCUGCCGCGCUUCGACGCGGCCACGCAGCACGCGCGCGACCUCACGCUGCGGGCCGUCGUCGACUACCUCGGGGCGAUAGAAAGCAGUUGUAGAACACUGGGGACUGCAGCGCGCGAGCAGCUGAAGGAGACGUCUCCCCUGAGCAUCAACCGGCAGGCGGAGGCGCGCGAGGCGGCGGCAAGCGUAGUUUCCACCGACUCGGUGGGCGUCGUGGCCGAGCCCGAGCUGAUACAGCUGCAGGUCGACGAGCAUGAGCUGGCGCUGCGCGAGCGCGAGGCGGUGCUGCGCGGCUGGUGCGCGCUGCAGGAGGAGGUGCGCGCGCUGCACGCGGCCUGGCAGGCCGUGGCGGGCGCCGCCGCCGUGCAGCGGGGGCGGGUGGCGGCCGGCGCCGGCGCCGUGCUCGUGGCGCAGGGGAACGUGCAGGCGGCGCGAGCGGAGCUCUCGAGCGCGGAGCGGCUGCGCGCCGGCGCCUACGGCGUGGGCGGCGCGGCCCUGGGCGCGCUGGCCGGCGGGCCCGUGGGGCUGCUCAUCGGCAUCAAGGCGGGCGCAGCGGCACUGGUAGCGGGGUCAGCGAUCGGCUACUGGGGAGCGCGAAUACUCGGCUCGCGGCGACAGAAGCAGCUCGAGGCUCCCGACGACGACACGGAGAAGGACAAGACGCAAUAGCACUCGCAAUGCGUCUGCUUCUAAGCGACGCAACACUAGCAUGAUCAAUAUAGCUCUAUUUUUAUACGAAUGACUGUUACAAACUGGCGAAAUGAGUAGAAAUUGGUCAACAAGCUAAACUAUAGUUUUUAGUUUGGUCACUUGAAACAACUUCAAACACUUCUAAUACAUAUCACUGUAUUAUAACUAAAUAGGUAAGAUGAGACAUUCAUACAAUUUCUACACUUGUUGUCCUUCGGUAUGCACCCGAUACCUAUUAUACAAUCGCUCUCAAUAUAAUAUAAUGUGAGAUAUUCUCAGAGAUGUAAAAUAUGUAUAUAUAGUUAAGAAUAAACAAUUAUUUUAAUUUAUGAAAUACUUAAGUGUGCUGCCACUUAGUGGUCUAGAUAAUAGUAUAAAACAUAAUUAGAUUAACAAAAUUUAUUUCAUAUUUGGCUCGAUUGUACACUAAACGCGUUUUGCUAUAUUUUUUUUUAUAUAAAUGAAACUAUUUUAAAAGUCGACUAAGGCUUUCGGAUCCGGGAACCGGAUAAAUAAAUCUCAUGUGUAUACACAGUUAGUAAAGAAGCUGUUAGGGUCCUAUCCUAGCUCACAGAGACGCCGCGCGGCACGCCGACGACGUAACCGUGCCGUGGCAUUUUGGUGGGAAGUUCUGCAAUUUUUCAAUGAUAAUAUUAGAAAAUGCUAUACGCGGACAAAGGCUUUGCAUCAUGUAUGAAUACCUACUUUUAGAAAGUAAACACGUCAAUAAAAUGUAAAUGUUUAAUCAGUUACGUCACACGCUUACCAUUAUUGUUCAAACUAGUCUAGCUUCAUAAAAUGUGCGCCUUUAAUUUGUUUUUUUUUAAUAAGUAAAAUUUAUGUUAUAAAAUA